CGGCAGCGACGGGCGCCCGGAUUGGCGAGAGGGAGAAGAGGAGGAGGAGGAGGAGAAAGAGGGCUGGGCUGCGCCUCGCGGAGCCGGGCAGCGUGUCUGCGGAAGGAAAGGAAGUGGAACAGGGUUGUGUACAUUGGAGAUCUUCUACUGGCCACAAUGAAUUACAGGGUGAAAAUUAUGAGCAAAAUAGUUCCAGGGCAAUUUGAUGAUGCGGAAUCUUCAGACAGCGAAUGCACCCAGGUUUCGAAAGUAGCUAAAGAGGAGAAGGCGAUCUUUAUAACGCAGCAGCCACGUUUGUGGGAGGAAGGAGACGAGGGUGAAUUGGAUGAGAGUGGCGAGGAGGAGGAGGAUGACAGCGAUUGGGACUGGGAUGAAGCCAUGGGGAAGCUCACUAAGCGAAAUCCGUUAUCUGCAGGAAGAAACCCUCAGGCAAAUAAGCAAAUUCCUAGCUGCAACGCGGCCAAAAUGUCCACUCCUACAGAUAAGGCCCUAAGAAAGUUUGAGAAUAAAAUCAAUCUAGACAGGCUACACUUUGCUGACUCUGUUAUAAAUAAAGUUACUGAGAAGUCCAGACAGAGAGACGCAGAAAUGUACCGGGUGAAAGACAAGUCAGACCGAGCGACAGUGGAACAAGUUCUGGAUCCAAGGACUAGAAUGAUUCUGUUCAAGAUGCUAACCAGAGGCGUCAUAUCGGAGAUCAAUGGCUGCAUCAGCACAGGAAAAGAGGCUAAUGUAUAUCAUGCCAACACAGCAAAUGGAGAGAACAGAGCAAUAAAGAUUUAUAAAACGUCUAUACUGAUGUUUAAAGAUCGGGAUAAGUAUGUGAGUGGAGAGUUCAGGUUUCGCCAUGGCUACUGUAAAGGAAACCCAAGAAAAAUGGUCAAGACGUGGGCAGAAAAAGAAAUGAGGAAUUUAACAAGGUUACAUACAGCCCAAAUUCCAUGCCCAGAACCUAUUAUGCUCAGAAGUCAUGUUCUUGUUAUGAGCUUUAUUGGCAAAAAUGACAUGCCUGCUCCAUUGUUGAAAAACGCCCAGUUGACGGAAUCCAAAGCUCGGGAGUCGUAUCUGCAAGUCAUACAAUACAUGAGAAGAAUGUACCAAGAUGCCAAGCUCGUUCAUGCAGAUCUCAGUGAAUUUAACAUGCUGUAUCACAGUGGUGAGGUAUACAUCAUAGAUGUGUCCCAGUCUGUGGAACAUGACCACCCACAUGCUUUAGAAUUCCUGAGGAAAGACUGCUCUAACAUCAAUGAUUUUUUCCGGAAGUACAAUGUUGCGGUGAUGACGGUGAGGGAACUCUUUGAGUUCGUUACAGAUCCAUCUAUUACAAACGAGAACAUGGAUGCUUACCUUGAAAAGGCAAUGGAAAUAUCGUGUGAGAGGACAGAGGAGGAAAGGUCCAAUCAGGAUAAUGUGGAUGAAGAGGUGUUCAAGAAAGCGUAUAUCCCAAGAACUCUGACUGAAGUUAAGAACUACGAGAGGGAUGUCGACAUAAUGAUGAAGCUGAAGGAGGAAGAGACAGCCUUAAAUGUGCAGCAAGAUAAUAUUCUCUACCAGACUGUGACAGGGUUAAAGAAGGAUUUAUCAGGUGUCCAGAAGGUGCCUGCUCUCCUUGAAAAUGGAGAGGAGGAGAAAUCUGAUUCAGAGGACAAUGACAGUUCUGACCAUUCAGAGUUGGGCUGCAAAGAGCAGGAAGAAGAAUCUGUGCAUCCUAAAGAUCGACCUGCUGAAACCAGCGUGGAUAAAAAGGAACGGAAGAAGAUAGCCAAAGAGGCUCAGAGAGAGAAGAGGAAAAGCAAGACCCCAAAGCACGUGAAGAAACGAAAAGAGAAGACAGCAAAGAUGAAAAAGGGCAAAUAAAUCAUGGCUGCCAUUUCUAAUGGGCAGCCUUGGCCAUUCGUGAUUUAAUGGGUCGCUGUUUUGAUAGUAAAAUACACCCCGUGGGCCAUUUAUUCUGGUGACCACCAAAGGAACAAUGUGACAAGGAAACACUGUUACCAGUCACCGAGAUUCACUUGUGUACCCAUGAUAUAGUUUAUAGCUCACACCAAGAAUGUCUUCUUGGUGGAUAAAUAAAAACAAAUGGAAUCCCUUUAAGGCAGUUGGCCAGUCCAGAGAAAUUUACACAAGUUAUAUUUUGCAGUUUAGUAGUGUGAACAGCCAGAGCGAUGCCAGAUUCUGUUCUUUUUUCAUGCUCCAAAGCAGAUGCACAUCCAUAUGUAAAUAAUAAUAAUGUGUAUAGGGAGGAAUAUGCAUACUCACGAAUUAAAACUAUUCGUUACAUUGCAACUGCUGCAGUUUGUCUCAUGCACAGCAAUGAAAAUUGUCUACCCGUUCAUCAUAAUCCACAGUAUUGAUGGUGUGCUGGAAGAGGGUAGGGAAGGAAAACAGCCAGGCUUGGAAAGGUGGUUGAUCAUCCUCACUCUUGGCUGUGUCUGGAUUUGUGUUGGCCUAGAAUGGGAUGGACUAUGGCAGGCAUCCAUAGUCCCUCCAGAUGUUUUAGACUACAAUUCCCUUUGGCCCUCCAGAUGUUUUAGACUACAAUUCCCAACUUCCUCAACCACUGGUCCUGUUAGCUAGGGAUCAUGGGAGUUGUAGGCCAAAACAUCUGGAGGGCCGCAGUUUGGGGAUGCCUGGACUAUGGGAAGGAACAGCAGUGCUACUUGCAGUACCUGGUUCCUGUCGUUCAUCAGCAAGUGAAGGGUUAGAGAGAGGGAUCCUCCUCCUGCCUGAUGGGAGAAAACCAACAGAGCUCUACUUAACUGGACAGCUCAAUUAAAUCCUCGCCUUUUCUUUUGGAAAUGUGUCAUUUAUUUCUCAAUUGGCUUGUGACGCUUCAGUGACCUUAUUCGGACAUAACAGUAAGCCAAAUUAUAGCUUAGCAUAAGCAAGUAAGGUGUGCUGAUGCAAUGAGAAAAUCAUGGCAUCUUCCAUGCUUCUGCUGCACUACCAGGAAGUAAGCCAUGCUUUGGCUUAGUGUUACCUAGGAACUUUUGGUUUGUUUGAGGAAAAAACCAUGAGUGCAGGCUUGGAUAUAAUGCUACGGCAAACCAUGGCUUCGCUUCUGAUAGCAUUGCAGCUGAACAGGAGGCCAAAUGGCCAGCAUUUUCUGACUUGAUCAUUCAUGGUGAAGCAUUUGUGCUAAUCUGGUUUAGCAUUAUGUACAAACUGGGCCAGUGAUACUUGUUUUUGUGAUUAAUUCUUCUGUGAUAAAUCUGAUAUUUUUGUUCCUUCAGCUUCCUGGUUGUUAGAAGUACAGCUGUACCUUGGUUUUCAAACACCUUGGGAGUCGAAUGUAUUGACUCCCGAAUGAUCGAAAACCGGAAGUGAUUGUUCUGGUUUUCGAAAGUUCUUUGGAACCCGAAUGUCCAACAUGACUUCCGCGGCUUCUGAUUGGCUGCAGGAGCUUCCUGCAGCCAAUCGGAAGCUGCGCCUUGGUUCCUGAACGUUUUGGAAGCCGAACAGACUUCCAGAAUGGAUUCCAUUUGACUUCCAAGGUACCACUGUACUUGUUCAAAUGGUAAAACUUGGAAGAGCAGCUUUUUCCGUCUUCAGUGAGAGUGGAUACUUGCCGACUGAAGAUCUGUGAUACGUAACAGCAAUAAUCUAUUUGGAUCUCGUUGUGCAAGUGUUACCAUUUGUUUUCAAAAUAUUCGAAAUCAGAGUUCAGAGAACAAGCACUGCUAUGUUGUUUGGGGCACAAUUCUGCAGAUGUGCCUGCAGUGUUUAGGCUAAACAAAUGCAAUGCAAACUAUAACUAUAGUGGUACAUUUUUUUGGUUUGGCCUUUUAAGGAGCCAGAGUGGUCAAACAGCCGCACACAAUAAUGUUUUAUAUACUUUACCGAUGGUGCCCUUCUGUUUUAAAAUAAACCUGAAAACAUUC